AUGGGCGAUAACGACUCGACUCAAGCACCCGCCGACACCGGCGAGGCCGGAAGAAUGCAAAGAUCACGUCCCACGAACAGCAUCCGGCAACAGCACCCAUCGACCUCCAACACAUCGAGGACCAACUCCGGCGCAGCACCCUCAACGACCACCACGCACAGCACCUCGUACGCGUCAGCGCGAGCACCGUCGACAGCAACGACCUCGCAGUCCUCUCUACACACCCGCACUCCCGCCCAACUGCCCCAUCCUCCUCCACCACCACCUGCAGGCACAACGCCACAGCCCGCACGCGGCUACGAGAACGUCACCUCGAUCGAGCCUGCGCCCAAGCGUCCGCUGUGGAGCCUGGGUAGCACUCUACCGCGGGUCAGACGGUUACCCGCAGCCAAGCCGACGAAGACAGCGCAUCCGACGCCAGGCAGUCGCUCGAACAUCGUUCAGCAGCCUGUGAGCUUGGUGCCCCUGCACACGCCGAGAAGUUACACGGGCAACAGGGCGCCGACAGAGUCGACGGCCGGGGCACCAGAAGCGCCUGUGCAUGAACACGACUUUGCCGCUCGCACUACGCUGGGGCCGACGUACAACGUUCAAGGGACUACAGAUGCAGAUGUUGAACGGCAAGAGCUGAGUAUCAGCCCGACGACUUCUGCAUCCACCACCAAUGCGGGCGCGGGCGACUUGACGCCGAUUCGGGAGGGCGAGACUUUGCCCACUGGCCAAGCACACGGUUCUGAGGCUGAGCAAUUCUCGGUAAUGCAUGCUCGCCCGCGUUUCGAUUACUCGUUCAGCAGUCCAACGGCUGCGGACACCGCCAACGUCCGCUUUGUCGGCAACAACGAGCUUGGCAAGCUCAGCAGCGACACUCAAACUGACCUUGGCCACCACCUCGAUUCAGAUCCACAACAGAGACUUGCGACUGCACGUCAGCAGCUCGUGGAGGAGGCACAGCAUGGCGACGGCCUGCUCGCGACGCAAGGAAGUGCGAUCGAAGAGCACGAUGAAGUGGAGGACGACAAGGAACCGGCUUCAAGGCACAUAAAGACGUCGUCGAUGCCUUUCCUGCCCUCCCAAGGGUUCGAGGUGCUCGUAUCAGAGCCUCACCACCACAAUCACCGUCACCAUGGCACCGAUCAGCUCGAGCGCGACAAGUCCAGAACCGAAUCGCUCAGCCGCUCGGCCAUGGACAAGACUCGGCACCCGGGGCUAUCUGGUGCUCGCCCCACCCCCAGAGGUCGAGCUGCAGGCGGACCAGCUGCCGGAGUGGGCACUCGCAAGCCUUCGUCCACGCGUCGAGCGAGCAAUGCCGCCAAGAACGAAGCGGGUUACUUUGAUGACGACGCUGCUGCAGGCGAGUUUGCGCAUCUGCAGCGCGUGGGGUCAUCGUCGACUCGUCAGCCGGCACGCCAAUCGCAGGAGGAAAAGAACCACAUCGAGGCCAGGCCGGUGGGGGGCAGGAGUGGAGGCAGCGACAAGGCGCGUGAUACGCGGAGCGCGUGGCUGGCGCGGACGAUGCCGUCCCAUGCCAGCCGAGCGGGCGAGGAGGCGGAUGCAAAGCGGACGAGUAGAGAAUCUGAGUCUGCGGGGCAGCCAAGCUUGCACCAGGCCAGGGAUGCUGGCCAUGCAGGGCGGUACAGCGACGAGACUGCAUAUUCCUCGUACUCUGCAGACGCACACGAUGGUGCUUCCCAAGGAGAUUCGGCGCAAGAUGAGGAGGAAGAAGAGAUCUGGCUAGGAGGGCAAGGCACACUAUCUGACGGAAGCAUCGCCUUCCCCACGCUUUGGUCUCGUUGGCGAUACCACAGCCGCGAGUUCCUCGCCGAACUUCUUGCCACAACGCUGCUCAUCACCGUGGGUACGGCCGUCGACUGCCAAGUCGCGCUCUCUCAAUCCAUGGGCCCGAGUGCGGGCGCGUAUUCAAACCAGAACUGGGCGUGGGGGAUUGCGGUUGCAUCUACGAUCUACCUGAGUGGCGGGCGAAGUGGCGCGCACUGCAAUCCGGCGAUCACGAUGGCGCUGGCCGUGUUCCGUGGAUUCCCCUGGAUCCAAGUGCCCGUGUAUUGGGCUGCCCAGCUGCUUGGGUCGAUCCUAGGCGCAGCGAUCACGUACGGCAUCUACCUGCCCGCUAUCGAUCAGUACGAAGGAGGGCGGAACAUCCGCACACUAGCGGGAGAGCAUGGCACGGGACGGCUGUUCGUCACUGUCCCGCAGCUCGUGUUCACCGCCGCGUCUGGGUUCAGCACCGAGGUCGUAGCGACGAGUAUACUCAUGGCGAUGGUGCUCGCCGUGGGAGACGAAACGAACGCACCUCCCUCGGACGGCUUGUCUGCGCUGGUGCUCGGCUUGGUUGUCGUCAUGAUCGGAAUGUCAUUCGGAUGGCCUACGAGUUACGCCAUCUCGCCGAGUCGGGAUCUAGGCCCGCGAUUGUUCCUCUACAUGGCAGGGUACGGACGGGAGCUCUGGACGCACAACGCAUACUGGUGGCUGUACGGUCCGCAGGCGGGCUGCUUUGCAGGGGCGCUGCUUGGCGCACUGCUGUACGACCUGGCCAUCUUCACAGGCGAGGAGUCACCGAUCAACUACACGAGGCAAGGGUGGAUGCAGUCGACGCCGGCACAGAUCGGAGCGAGGUUGCGUAAUUCGGCGGACAGGGCGCACUUUUUGAAGAGGUCGUUGGGCGGCGGAAGCAAGGAGAGGAGCGAACAAGGAGACUGGACGGUGCGUGAAGAUAGAGGUGCCGUUCAAGUCACGGGACGCAGCAACUAG